AUGGCUCCACGUGGCCAAACCCUCCCCCAACCGCAAACCUCCUCCGCGCGCGAGGCCCGCGCCGCCUUCUACUGCGAGCUCUGCUCCAAGGGCUACCAGCGAAUGCACGAAUAUGAAGCACACUUGAGCAGUUACGACCAUCAGCACAAGCAGCGGCUCAAGGACAUGAAAGCCAUGGUGAAAGACCCGACCGCCGCAUUGCGGGCCCGCAAGCUCGAGCAGAAGGAGCAGGGAGUCAUCAGCAUCAAGCUGGGGGAUGCCGCUUCUUCCGCAUCAGGAGGUGGGCUUGGUGGUGGUUUCAAGAAGGGCGGGUUUAAGAAGACUGGGUUUAAGGCGGCUUUUGUGCCUGUGGGAGGGACGAAUAAUGCGAAUGAAUCGAAGGAUGGUUCUGUGGAUAAUGCUGCAAAGAAGAGCGAGGAUAGCGGAUUGACAAAGGCGGCGCCAAAAAGCGAACUCGUUGAGAGCGACACCGAGGACGAGGGAUACGAGGUUUACGAUCCGAGAAAACCGACCGAUUGA